CACAGACUGCCACCAUCUCGCCUUUCAAUCUUAAAUCAAAAACUCUGCUUGGCAUCGAUUCCAUAUAAAUGUGGACUGCCCAACCUUCCAGCAGACUCAAAUAAAGGAUUCAAUAAUACCUUUGGGACACCGAGCAAGAACGAACAGUAUCCCUGAAACGUCGGCAGCAUCAAAGGAAGGAUAUGAAAAGUAUAUCGAAUUUACAACGAGUGGAUGGUAUAAAUGAUAUUGACCAAAGGGCUUCACUCCUGAGUUGCGAAAAGUGCCGGCCUCCAUGAUCCCUCCCAGUAUCAAAUUCAGUCGACCUCUAACCACAGUUAACGCCGUAACGCUCGUGGCGUUAGCUUCUUUCUUCUUCUCAGUUCUCUACUACGCCCUAUCACCUUCCCCCCUUCUGCCUUUCGACACCCUUAGCUCUUAUAAUGCUGAAUCAAAUAAACCCAAUGACGCACCUCGCGAAGCGUAUGUGACUUUUCUGUCCAACGAAGACCCAUAUUACUUUCAAUCUGCCCGACUUCUUGUGUACGCUCUCCAGCACGAUCCUCUGACAGCCGACCCAUCACGACCUGUCAUUGUCUUAACCACACCUGGUGUACCAGCCUCAUACUCUCGAAAACUUGAAGCGGAAGGGGCCAUUGUGAUUGAGAAACCUUUCAUAACGUCUCUGCCUAUGGUGCAGACGAACCCCCGCUGGAAAGACGUUUACACAAAACUAUGGAUCUUCAACAUGACUUCCUACGAUAGAUUGGUCUAUUAUGACGCAGAUCACCUCGUCCUUCGUCCAGUCGACUCUAUCUGGGAAGCUGAAAACAGCUGGCCUGAGAGCGGUCUGGCUGCUCUAGGAAGCGGUGAUGGAGGCUAUGUCGAGGACUCGGAUUACUUUUUAGCAGGAUUCUUCCUCGCCAUUCCCAAAGAGGAGAUUAUGGAGGGACUGUUAGCUGAAAGAGGCUAUGAUCCAGUCUUUCCUGAGCAAAACCUCAUGAACAAGUACUUCAGCAGGGAUGGACUUAGGCCAUGGGCUCCUUUGAAUCCUAUUCAUGAACGCAUCUCGCCAAAGUAUGAACAUGUCGAGCAAGGUGCUCACACAAUUCAUGAAAAAUGCUGGCAAGGAUGGGUCGAAAGGAGGCUCGCAGAACUCUUCUAUGAACGCCUCGGUCGCAUGGAAGGAUACUGGCUAGCCAAAGAAUCCAGUGGGACAAUUCCGACUCCUGAUCCUCGUGGCUGAUUAUCCUCCGUUCAUACGCUGGCAUUAAACUUCAUAAUAAUGCAUGAAGUACGGUGAUAGUAUGUUACAGAACGUGGUUCGCGUACACAGUAUUGUUACUUGUAAAUAUAAAAUUGUCC